AAACAACAGAUGUCCAGGAUACAUUGGGGCAGUAGAUGGAUUUUUCAGAUCUGGCAGCCAGAGAGACUAGUUUGUGUGCCAAGUUGAGAGAGGCCAGUGUUGUUGCAGGGAUAAGGGAUUUUCACAAACUUGGAUUAUAGAGAGAAACAACAUCUUCCAUCUUACAGUUAUUUUACUGGUGUUUUUUAGGUCUAUCUCUAGAACAAGUGUAGGGGAAAAUUUAAAUGUAUCCACCAAUUUAAUCUCAGAAACAUCCAUGUAACCUAGGCCCCUCAACGCAUCUAAGUCCACUCUGCCAAAUGGGAGUUGUUGGUAACCACACCUCAGGCCUGCCCCAGGCAUAGCUGGUCCUCUGCCCCCAUUUGGACUCCCCCUGGCUUUGUGCUGGCUCCCUGUGCUGCCCAGCAGCCUCAGCCCCUCCUGACACCGGUGCCGGUGCUGCUGGAGCCAGGAGCAGGGAGCCACCAGGGCCAGGUGAGCCUGGCCAGCUGCACCUGCAAACGGCAACCCAAACCCCCUGUGCUGUGGAGGGAACCACGGUCUCCAGCUCUCAUCCCUGAGGGCCACACGCACGAGCAGCCAGCGAUGGAAGGAAGGCUGUGGGAGAGCAGACACCCGGCUGCUCUGGGGCAAUGUCACAUCACCUCUUGCUGAUGGUCCCAGUGGGUGCUGGUGGUCCCUUGCCCCGUGACAAGGGGUAACAUGUGAGCCCCCUGCUACAGGCUGGCUGUGGCAGCGACAUAAUGCCCAUGCGUAUCCCCUGGAAAACUCUUCCAGCCUUCUGGAGACGGAAGAAGGAAUCUCGGAUCCAGCUCCCCGGAGGCUUGGCCCGGAACCCGCCUGGUGCGGUGUGGCCAGGGCUGAUCCCCUUGUGUGGGUCAGGGGCGAAGGUGAGCUCGGGCCAUGGAGCAGCCCCGGCUGGAGCGGGGCCCGGCCCCUCUCCUCCGCCCCGAGCCGCGCCCGACCCCGGGCGCCGAUGCUGGCUGCCCCGGCAGCACCCAGGACAAACCCGGGCUGCCCGAGCGGCCCGGAGCGCCCCCAGCCCCGGGGAGGAGCCGCUCCUCAGCCCGGCCCCUUCCGGCGGCCCCGCCCGGCCGGCGCUGGGCGGCUCCGUUUGAUCGGGAGCGGUGGGCCCGGCCCGGCUCGGCGUGACCCGGUUCGGGGUGGCCAGGCGAUGGCAGUGCCGGCGGCGGUGGAGGCGGUGCCGGGCCGGCAGCGGGCCCUGGCCGCCGGCUCGCCCGUGGACUACAUGAGCAUCACCAGCUUCCCGCGGCUGCCCGAGGAGGAGCCGAGCGGUGCGGCCGAGAGCGGCCUCCGCGCCCGCAAGGAGGAGGACGCGUUCCUGGGCGAGCAGGACACGGACCCAGACUCCUUCCUUAAGUCUGCGCGUCUCCAGCGCCUGCCCUCGUCCUCCUCAGAGAUGGGGAGCCAGGACGUGUCCCCUCUGCAGGAGACCAGCAAGGACCCCUUCUCAGGAGACUGCAGCUGCCAGCAGGAUGGGCUGACCGUCAUCAUCACCGCCUGCCUGACCUUUGCCACAGGAGUCACUGUGGCCCUCAUUAUGCAGAUCUAUUUUGGGGACCCUCAGCUGUUCCACCGCGGCGCUGUGGUGACGGAUGCUGCGCGCUGCACCGCGCUGGGCACCCACGUGCUGGCCAGGCACGGCUCCUCGGUGGACGCAGCCAUCGCCUCAGCCCUCUGUGCCGGCAUCAUCAACCCCCACACCUCGGGGCUGGGAGGGGGCGGGGUGAUGCUGGUCCACGACAUCCACAAGAACAGGAGCUGGGUGAUCGAUUUCCGUGAGGUGGCUCCCCUGGGCAUCCCACUGGAAGGGGACCUGCAGCAGGACACCAAGCCAGGUCUGCUCGUGGGAGUGCCAGGCAUGAUCCAAGGAAUGCACGAGGCACACCAGUUACAUGGCAGACUCCCGUGGUCCGAGCUGCUGGGCCUCACAGCCGGUGUUGCCCAAAACGGCUUUAAUGUCACACAUGACCUGGCCAAAGCCCUGAGUGAACUGAAGGACCUGAACUACUCGGAGCGAUUCCAGGAGAUCUUCCUGCCGGAUGGGCAGCCCCUGCUGCCUGGGAUGUUCGUCCGGCGCCUGGACCUGGCAGCCGUGCUGCAGCUGCUGGGGACAGAAGGGGUGUCAGCCUUCUACAGAGGAAACCUGACCCAGGAGAUGAUCUCUGAGGUCCACAACUACGGAGGAGUCUUGGUGGAGGAAGACUUCAACAAUUACAGCGUCACUGUGGAGGACCCUGUGCACACAAUCUAUCGAGGGCACCUUGUUUUCACCCCCCCACCUCCACAUGCAGGUCCUGCACUGAUCUCAGCACUGAACAUCCUCGAGGGCUUUAACAUCACAAGGCAAGGAUCCAGAGGGAAUAUCUUGCACUGGAUGGCAGAGACACUAAAAAUAGCCCUGAGUCUGGCGAGCAACCUGGGAGACCCAUCUGGUGACAAGUCUGUCACUCACACAGCAGAAGGCAUGGUGAGUAAAUCAGAAGCCAAUUCCCUGCGCCAGCUGAUCAAUGACUCCCAGUCCUUCCUGUCCAUGCCUCACUCCCCCCUGGAAAGCGGGGCCACUGCCAGCCAGGUCCUGGUCAUGGGCCCUGAUGACUUCAUCGUCGCCGUGGUGAGUUCUUUGAAUCGUCCCUUUGGCAGUGGAAUAGUAACACCCUCUGGAAUCCUCCUGAACAGCCAGAUGUUGGACUUCUCCUGGCAAAAUAAAACAAUUAACAACUCCAUUCCCAGGCUGCAAAACCUCCUUCAGCCUCGGAAGCGGCCGCGGUCCUUCCUGCUGCCCACCAUCGUGAGGCCCUCCGAGGGGAUGUGUGGCACCUACCUGUGCCUGGGAGCCAACAAUGGGGACAGAGGUCUGAGCAGCAUCGUCCAGGUUUUGGUAAACGUUUUAACAUUUAACAAGAAUCUGAGUGAAAGUUUGUCACUUGGUCGACUUCACCCACAGCUUCAGUCCAACACCUUGCAGGUUGACAAGGAAAAUCUAAAUAGGAUCUGUCCUGCAGUGCACCCUGCAGACUUGGAAACUAAAAUGGAAUUAAAUCUGAAACUUCACAAGGCCCUAAUUUGUGAGUUUCCUGAAGAAGAUAUUGAAUUUCUUGUGGCCAGGGGCCACCGGGUGGAUAAAGUCCCAAUGGUGUCCCUGGUUCACGGGGCCAGGAGAACCAACAGUUUCAUCAUUGGCCUGAAGGACCCCAGGAGUGCAGAUGCUGCUGGAGCCACGAUCUUGUAGCAGCUCCCAGGGCCGUGUUCUGUGACCCAGGCUGACACACAGCCCUGUGAUGUGCAUGUUCUGAAGUGGUCCCUUCUCCAGCCCCCAUACUGCUGGGAAGAUGUUCUGCACUCCCACCCCGACAGCACCAGAGGAGUCGGCAGUUGCAACAUCCAUCUCUCUUUUUAUUUUUCAAUUAUUUGGAUUGCAAGCAGCCCAAUCCUUGUUACAGGAGUGGCAGGAGCACUUUUCUUUUGGCAGUCUUGCUAAUAGUUCAGUCUUUCCAAAGCCCAGUUCUAGCCAGCAUCUUACUUUUAGGGAUCAGGAACAUGAGCAAGGGAAAAAACAGCUGCUGCUGCUGAUGUUAUUAUUGAUGAUGAUUAUCCUCAUCUGUCUGUCUUUCCCAAGCUCCUUCUUUGCUUCCAGUGCAAGCCAGUAAUUGAUACAGCCUGAUGUAGUGUUUGUAGAUGCCUGCAGCUGGAAUAUUGGAGAGUCCUCUAAUACUCCAUCUGGGUCAGCUGAUUUUUGCCAGCGUGCAGUGUCCCAAGGAAGUUCCUGUGCCCACACCACUACAUACCUUGAAUUUUGGUAGUAAAUAUUUUGAAUCUAGUUGCUGCGCAGACUCACUGGCAGUCUGAUUUUGUAACCAGAGCAAUGGUUUUCACCAGCUCUAACAACUUCUUCCUCUAACAACUUGUGCACCCCCCAAUAGUUUUCUUACAGAGUUCAACCUCCUCACUGGUGAAUUUCUGAUUAAUGGUAGCAGGUUUAACUUUCUUAGACACUUUUUGGAGAUAUCUUAGCAGCACUCCACAGUGAAAAACCACAGAUCACGGACUGAAGACCACAUGGAGAGCAUUUGGGUGGAUUCAGAGCUUUCCUUCCACUGCAUUAUCUCAGUCUGUUCCAAAAGCCUGGGUCCUUCCUACAGAGAGGCUUGGGAAUUUCUGCUGAUUGAAUUAAUGGCUGUACCUUAGCUCUGUGUUUUAGUCCUAGUGAAUCUGUUGGAAAAGCUGAAGGGAGUGAGAGAAAAAGUACAAACCAAACCAAACACUACUGAGAUAAUUUUCUAUCCACAGCAUGUAGUGAAAAUAAAAGAAUGCUCUUGCAUUUCGUGUCUGAAAUUGAGGAGGGAAGAAUACCCCAGCUUACAUUUGCACCAGGUCAUUCAGCCCACAUUUGGACAUUUCCUGCUCUUUUUGCUGGCUAGUUAGAGACACUUGGCCCUAAAAAAAUCCAGAGUUUGAUCAUUUUCUGUGGUCUAAAAUGUGAUGUUUUCCUUCAUGGUGCAAAUGCACCCAUGGCCACUGUACAUAUUAUAUAUGUAUGUAUGCUUAUGGUUGUCUUGCUCUUUGAUUUGGUGAUCACACCACUCACCCCAACCUUCCUCACCAGGCACCCUGUGACACCCUGUUUGUGCCACCCUCUGGCACUCGAUGGCAUGGGCUGAUUUUGGGGUGGUCAGGGCCACAGGGCAGAUAAUUGGACUAAUUGUUCCUGAGAGCUGUGGAUCUGAGAACAGCCCAGUGAAGCAUGUUGGGCUGAGUGAGAACAGAGGUGUUUUCGUGCUCUGCUGAAGUGCAGCCACCCACUCUGGGCAGCUCCCACUGACAGGACCAUCAGCAGCAUUUCCUGUUCCAUGUGCCUCCAUGCCUGCAGCUGGGGCAGGGGAAGCACAAUGUUACAUCUGUGAUGUGUUCUGUGCCACCAAGAAGAGACUUUCUUCACCACAGGGACACCAAAUCUAUUUAUUUAUUUCUCUGUCAUCAACACUAGAGUUGGUCACUAACCAAGGAUGGAGAGUUUGUAAAUGUGUCUUGGAGCAGACCUCUCCAGGCUCUGUGGGAAGGGAAGGAGGCAGUUUUGUGUAUUGAACCUCUCUGGAGAUGAUCUGGGGGUUUCUGGUCUGUCCCAGCCCAGACCUGUCCCUCAGGCAUGGAGGUUCUCUAUGAACAGCUGCAAAAUACAUGGUUGAGUCAUUGUCAGUGCAGAACUUUGCAUGAAAUGUCACAAAACAGUUGGAAAGGUGAAUUUCCUCCUUAUCAACUUCUGAUGCUGGACACUGUGUAUAUGUUUGGGAGUAAAAGACUUUGGUUUUGAUUCAAAAGCGCACUCCUAUGUGCCAAAUUACAAUUUCACAGCAAUUAUCCAGAAUCUUAAAAUAAAGCAUGUUCUGAAGUGUUCUGCUGGAUCAUGGCUUGCAUUGCAAAAAAAGAAAAAAUUUAAAAUAACUGGAAGAUGAGACCUAGGCCCCUAGGUUUCAGCUAAAAGAAGUAAAGGUAUUCCAAAUUA